AUGAAGCUGAAAACUCUCGCCAAGAUUAUAAACCUCUUUGAGCUGAACUAUAAGAGAGUUAAUGAUGGACACCCCCGUCAGUACACGACAGACAUCAACGUACCAAAGUGGCAGUAUAACCAUCUCUCAGGACCUGAAGUGGACUCCAUUGUAAAGAAGGCCCAGCAGAGGUUAUACUUCCUCCGUCAAUUGAGGACGUUCAUCCUAAUACAGGAGCUACUGACCCAGUUCUACUCAGCGGUCAUUGAAUCUGUUCUGUGCACUUCAAUAACUGUUUGGAUAAAUAACCCCGUCUCUCAUCAUCUCAGAGAAAACUCAUCUUCUAACAUCUUCAAAGAACUUAGCUACACCAUAAUGAUUCUCACUGUGGCACAGAGGAGCCUCAUCUUGAUCGUCCUGCUUCAUCCCUGUAUUCUAAUUGAGCAACAUGUGAACACAAAAACUCUUGCAAAUAUAGUAAAAGCCAUUCAGGCCAAGUUGGGUAAAUCUGACCAAUAUACUGUAGCCUUAAGAGUCGAGAAGGAAAAAUGUUUAGAUGACAACUAUUCUGGUCAAGACUUAAUAACAGAAGACGUGAAGACUACGAUUGUGAAAAAGCUGGUUUACAACAGCAAUAACCUCAUAGCUGCGAAACCUCUAACGGGUGUAAACACGACAGAGCAUUCAGAGUAUCGCCUGAUAAAUUAUCUGAAAGAGAUCAUGAAUGUAAAAGAUGGAUGUGUGAUUUAUUUCACCUUAAAUUCACCCUGUUUAAAAACAUGUCUAGCAGAAAAUGGGAAAUAUACAAUUAAUGGAAGCCUAACAAAGUUGCAAAAUUACAAGGGAGUUAAAGCACUUGCUUUUAAAAAGGUCUGGGAGCAUGAUGAUGCGACAAGUGUGAGAAAAAGAUUGAGAACAAUAGCACAAAGAUUGCCAUUUUAUCAGUGUGAGGAAAACAAAGCUGAAUGUGUUCGCCUGUAAGAGUCUUAGACGCGUGACAACUACAAUUUCCUUACAGGCUUGACUUCUAUUUGCUUAAUAAAAUGAAUGAAAGAUGCAUAAACUGUAAUACUUCUGCU